CUCUUUGUUUAGAUAUUACGAAGAGCAGACAAGAAUGAUGAUGGAAAACUGUCCUUUGACGAAUUCAAAGCUUACUUUGCUGAUGGAGUUCUGAGUGGAGAAGAACUGCAUGAACUUUUUCACACCAUUGAUACACACAAUACUGACAAUCUUGACACAGAAGAACUCUGUGAUUAUUUUUCCAAGCACUUAGGAGAGUAUGAAAAUGUUCUAUCUGUUUUGGAAGACUUAAACAUAACCAUACUGAAGGCAAUGGACAAAACAAAGAAAGACUAUCAGGAGGCUUCUAAUUUGGAGCAGUUUGUGACUCGCUUUCUCUUGAAGGAGACACUGAACCAGCUUCAGUCCCUGCAGAGCUCCCUGGAGUGUGCCAUGGAAACCACGGAGGAGCAGACCCGGCAGGAGAGAAAAGAUCCAACAAAACCAGAAGUGCUCUCAGUCCAAUGGCCAGGGAAACGCUCAGCUCGAAGGCUUCAGAAGAACAACAGUUUGUCAUCAAAUAACCCUCAUUCUAGCACAGGUUGGAUUGAGGAAGACAGCCAGUGGAUGACCCAGAUAAACAGACUCCAGAAGCUAAUUGAUAGACUGGAAAAGAAGGACCUAAAGCUUGAGCCAUUUGAAGAGGAAGUUUUAGAAGAAAAUGCAAGAUCUCACAUAAUGAUCGUUCAAAAUCAAAUGUGUGUGAUAGAAGAAAAAAUUGAGGAAUUCCAUCUUGCCCUGAAGCAGUAUGUGGAAUCUGCUUCUACUCUGGGUGGCUGCCUGCAUAUUUCCAUACAGAAGCUUCCAAGUAAUUUCCGCUUCAUUGUUUAUGAGUUCUGGGAGAACAGCAAUGUCUGGAAUAGCCACCUUCAAAUGAAUUACAGCAAGACAUUCCAAAGAAGUAAUGUGGAUUUCUUGGAAACUCCAGAGCUCAUCACAACAAUGCUAGUCCCUGCAUCGUGGUGGGUCCUCAAUAACAACUAGAAGCUGUUCCAAGUAAUGUUAAUGUUGCACUGUUUUUCAUUACACCAACAUUCAUAUAGCAGUGUACAAGUGUGCUGGGCUAUGAAUUUAUGAUGUGAUAAUGUUUGUUAUUAUGGAUGCGAUCUCUUCCACUUUAUCCAUCUUAAAAUCUGGAAAACUGCAUAUUUAUUACCUUCUCUUCUUGUGACUAGUUCGGAGACAUGAUGUAUUCUAAAAAUUGAA